AUGCGACGAUACGGCUACGAGAAGCGAUCGAAGACGGUUAGAAAAGAAGAGAAGGGAUCCGGUUUCCAUAUCGCGAUCGUCCAGACGCAGUUCGCAAAGAGGGAAUGUUCAUCGGGUGGCACGUGGUUGAAUUCGAACGGAUCGGAGAGCGGUCGCGGAUGGACGGACUACAGGGAUUGCCUCCCCAGUCCCAUCAAGGGCCUGCUGGACACCGUCUACUCCGGCGACAACCCCGAGGGGAAGUUUCAGAUCGCCCAGAGGACCCGAGUCAUGGAGAAUUUCGGUUUCAGCAUCAGUCUGGUGUCUAUCCUCUCCGCCCUCGUCAUUUUCGCCUCGUUCAGGAGUCUGAGGAACGAGAGGACUCGGAUCCACAUGAACCUCUUCGUCGGGAUGUUGAUGCAGAUCUUGGUUCGUCUCACCAUCUACAUGGACCAACUCGUCUCCAAGUACGAUCCCUCCCGGAGGACUUUGGAUAAUACCGAGAUCGUCUGCCAGGGACUAUAUAUCCUAUUGGAAUAUGGGAAGACGGCGAUGUUCAUGUGGAUGUUCCUGGAGGGGAUUCACAUUCACAACAUGGUCGUCGUGAAGGUAUUCGACGGAGGCUCUCGCCGGAUGACGAUAUACCUUCUCGUGGGUUGGGGGAUCCCGGUCCUUCUCACCUGUGUUUGGGCGACCAUCACCGGCUUCUAUUUCACCGAAUCCAGUUGCUGGUUCAGCUACAACUUGACGCGGUAUUACUGGAUCUUGGAGGGUCCUCGAUUGGCAUUCAUCAUCAUCAAUCUCCUCUUCUUGCUCAACAUCACCAGGGUGUUGGUCACCAAGCUGAGAUCCUCUCAGUCCAGCGAGACCGAACAGGCCAGGUAG